CGGAGAGAGGAGAGGAGCUCACGGGGUGUUGGUGCUGGAGGCUGAGCAGGGCCCUGGUUUUCGCUGGAGAGCACCGUGGCUGCGUCUUUGCAGGCUGGGAUUGUCAGGACCACGCUGCUGGAGUCCAGUGUGCCAGCGCACCCGUCUAGCCCCCGCGACCAUGAGCACCAUCGCAGCUGAGCGCCAGCCAGGGCCAGGACCCGGAGGAGCCGCCGAAGCGUGGUGCCGCGGCUGAGGCCGGUGUGCAGAGCUGUGCCGCAGCCCCCACGGCCGGCGGCGGAUGCCCUUGGCCCAGCCCGCGGAGCCGCCGGGGGCCCUCGCCGCAGCCGGACCAGGCGGAUGGAAAGCUGCAGCCCGGCAGGGAGCCCCGCAGCCCGGCUGACGCCACGCCGCGCCCUAUGCCCCAGCCCUAUGCCGCAGCGGGCGCCCUCCCCGGCUCAGCCGCCCGCCGACCAUGAAGUGCUCGUUGCGCUUCUGCUUCCUCUCGACCGCCUUCCUGCUCGUCUUCGUCAUGUCCCUCCUCUUCACCUACUCCCACCACAGCAUCGCCUACCUGGACCCCGGAGGGCUGGGCGGCAUCCACCGCGUGAAGCUGGUGCCGGGGUACGCGGGCAUGCGGCGGCUGAGCAAGGGCGGGCUGUACCCGCGGGGCUGCGCCUGCCGCCGCUGCCCGGCCCCGCACGCUGCCGCCGCCGCCUGGUUUGACGGGCGCUACGACGGCACCAUCUCCCCGGUGUGGACCAAGGAGAACAUGGACCUGCCGCCCGAUGUCCAGAGGUGGUGGAUGAUGCUGCAGCCCCAGUUCAAGUCCCACAACACUCACGAGGUCCUGAGCAAACUCUUCCAGAUCGUGCCGGGCGAGGAUCCGUACCGCUCCCGCGACCCGCGCCACUGCCGCCGCUGCGCCGUGGUCGGCAACUCGGGCAACCUGCACGGCUCCGGUUACGGGCUGGAGAUCGAUGGGCACGACUUUGUCAUGAGGAUGAACCAGGCCCCCACGGUGGGUUUUGAGGGUGACGUGGGCAGUCGGACCACACACCACUUCAUGUACCCUGAGAGUGCCAAGAACCUUCCUGCCAACGUCAGCUUUGUGCUGGUGCCCUUCAAAACCCUGGACCUGCUCUGGAUCGCCAGUGCCCUCUCCAAUGGCCAGAUCAGGUUCACAUAUGCACCUGUGAAACCUUUUCUGAGGGUGGACAAAGAAAAGGUGCAGAUCUACAACCCUGCCUUCUUCAAGUACAUCCACGACCGCUGGACGGAGCACCACGGGCGCUACCCCUCCACCGGCAUGCUGGUGCUCUUCUUCGCCCUCCAUGUCUGCGACGAGGUGAACGUCUUUGGGUUUGGCGCCGACAGCCGGGGCAACUGGCACCACUACUGGGAGAACAACCGCUACGCCGGGGAGUUCAGGAAGACGGGGGUGCACGACGCCGACUUCGAGGCGCACAUCAUCGACAUGCUGGCCAAAACCAGCAGGAUCGAGGUGUACCGGGGGAACUGAGGGCUGUGCCUCCUGCAGCCCCCUGCCCGCGGGGGCAGAGGGUGAGGGUCUCCCUGCGGCCUCGUCCCGAGCGCCGGGCGGGCGGCACGGCCAGCGCCGGCCACGCAGCCGCCCCGGCCACGCUCGGUGCCUCCAGCAGCCAAUCAGGUGCAGAGCUAAAGGACACUGUCUGCUUUUUUUAAAUCAUUGUUAUUAUUAUUAUUAAGAAACCCACCCGAGGAAGGAUUUGUAGACGCAAUCAGCGACUGGCCGGGGCGGGGACGUGCCUCGCUUCUGCACUCACACCAAAUGCUGCUCUUUUUAAAUCCAGACGGCUCCCCCAGCCCCGACGCGCCCGAGCAUCGCCCCAGGCCAAGGGAGACACAGCAGCUGAGCAGCCUCCCCAGCACAACCAGCUGCUGCUUUCCUCCCUUACUCUGGUCUGGUUUGGUUGUUACCUGCCUGGAGCAGCCACUGCUGGGGUUUCCUGGGGAAGGCUCCCGGCGCGGCUGCCAGCGCACGGACCCACGGCGGGGAGCCGACCGUCACCGACGCUCCGCCGCCAGCACAGCUGGGCUGGGAGAUGGAGAGGAACCCCAGCCUUGGGACCAGGCCUCCCUGCUCCACUACCUGAGGACUGGGGAAGGGUAGGAGGGAUUUUGGGGGCAAUUGGGCAAAAGGCAGCUACGAAACCCACAGGUGCAGAGCCCAGUUCCCUCUGGCCAGGCUCCCUUGGGGGAUGCCCGAGGGCUGGUGGGAUGCAGCAGCUGGCCCGGCCCCACCACAGGGAAGGAGAUGAGGUGUCCCUUCGCUUUCAGGCUGGGAAAAAAACAGAUUAGAGAGAGCUUUAGUGGGUGAAAGAACCGUGCUUCUGCUUUUGUGUUGCUAUAAAGAGACAGCUCUGGUGAGAAGCUGAAAUCCCAAAGUCUUUGCUCCGUUUGUGAGGAUGGGGCUGGGUUUGCUCCAGCCCGGUACAGCCGGUGCCCUCUGGGGCUUUUGGGGCUGCCCAGGCUGAUGCAGAAGGGAAGGGCCUCCCCAGACAGGUAAUGAAAGCCACCUGCUCCAGGUCAAUCAGGAGGUAGAGGGAAACUCAAGAUAAAGGCAAUCACUGGAAGGGGCCUCAGGGAGGGCCCCUCGGUCUGCGCAGCCAGGGGGCUGUGGGCUGGAGCCUGGCUGGGGAAGCCCUGCCCACAGUGCCCAGCUGCAAUAGCUAUUUGAGGAACAAUCACCAUGGGGUUUUUUGGGGGCUUAGAGAUUGUUUUUUUACCCUUUUAUACCUGGGUUUUCUGUAGCAGCCUCUUGUUUCUCUGCAUCAGUUUGGUUCAGGGUUUUCUUCUGUCUUCUUUUUUUUCUUGUGAGGUUUCUCUCUGCAGUCAUCAGACACGAGGGUUUGGGUCACCAGGAGCAGGCACUGAGCAUCCCCUGGGCUGGGGAAAUCCAUCCUUUCUCCACAGGGCUUUCAAGCCCCGAGUUUCGUGGCGGGUUGUGGCAGAAGUGGUGCUGCCCUGGCACAAGCAGCCUGGCUGCCACGGCCAGCCCUGACCCCUGGGACACAGCAGCAGGCUGCAGCAAACCCUGGUCUCGACCUUCCUGUGUUGGCUGUUUUGGGGGGUUUUCAGGGGAAGGAAAACUAAACCCCACAAACAAUGAGUGCCUUGAGCAUCUCCUGUCAGCUACGCCAGGCUGCGGCCGCUCCCGUGCCGGCGGCAGGGGCUUGGCUGCUGGUUCCACUCCCUGCUGCACCGGGCUGGAUCUCAGCUGGGAGUGCAGCUGGGGGAGGCAGGGACGUGACCUGGCCACCACACCAGUGCCUGAGGCCAAACCCACCACGGCGAGGCCGGAGCAGCUCCUGUGCUGGCUGAGCAGGGCCUGGCCGGACAAUGCCGGGGCGCAGAGGUGCCGGUACCGACCCUGCCGCGGCCCAGUGACAGCAGCCAGCCCAGGGCACGCUCUGGCUCCUGGCUGCCCUGACAGGAUUGCUCUGGGCUCAUUUCCCUCCCCAAGCACCCGGUUUGGUUUUAACGAUGGUUAUUUUUAAUUUGAGCUGUCCCGACAGGACUCGCUCCCGUUCCUGCUCCCGCGGCGGAGCGGCUGCGGGGCCGAGGAGCGGCUGCGGGCCCAGGCCCAGCGCCCACGAGCACCUCUGUACUGUACCAGAGGGGCUGCAGGCAGAGGCUGUGGGCAGGGGGCACGGUGGGGGUGCCCAGGCUCAGCUGCCCGGCACAGGGGUUCUUCCUCACGCGGUGCCUGACCAAGCGCCCGUCGCCUCCCGCCCCGCCGGGCCCCGUGCUGCCAGCCUGGGCAGGCUCUGUGUACACGGGUACUUCUGCACACAACUGUCUUAACAACAACUUGGGUUUGGUUUUUUUUUUUUAAUCAAU